AUGUCGCUGCAGUUUGCCGACAUCUCCAUCCACCACCAUGAAGAGGCCAACGCCGACGAGAGCAACGGGUCCUCCUCCGGUCGCAAAGAUGGUAAGAAGCCAUGGAUGUCCCACGGGCGCACGCGCGGAAAAGAUGGGAAUCAAAAGGAGACGAGAGCAACGAACGGCGAACGGGUCCUCUUCCAGCUGCUGCAAAGACGAGGCACCCAUUACCGUCCUACUCAGUACAAGAAAUGCCUACGAAAGCUUCGAAAUCCAAGGAAACUCCCGCAGAACGGCCUAUUCUCGGUCGUUUUUCUUCCCAUCUCAAGAUUGGAAUUGUUGGAUUCCCUUUUUGCACUAUUGAACCUAACGAAGCUAGAGCAAAUGUGCCAGAUGAGCGGUUUGAAUGGCUUCGCAACUUAUACAAACCUAAAAGUGAGUGCCCUUCCAAAGAUCAUAAAGAUUGGGUUCUCGUCGAUCAAUCUCAUAUAUUUCUUCACUGCAGGUCCUGAUGAGGUAUAAUAAUUAGUUGAAUAUUACUUACAUUAUUACCAUAUUUUGCCUUUGGUGUUUGUUAAAAUGUUCUCUGAGUAUUGAAGUAGCUGGUAUUGAUGAUGCUUUCCUUGGUUAUAUAUGAAUGAUACUAAUUAGAGCCAUAGGAAUACAGCACUAAAGAAGCUUAACUUCUCUCUGCUGUUGAUGAUAAUAUUGUAGUUAUCCAAAUUUUAGAAAUUUUUUAUCUCAGCCUUACCCUAUCACCUUUCAAGAUAAGGGUAAUGAAUACCCUUAGGGAUGCUGGUUCUUUUGCUAUUUGAUGGAGCAUUUGGGUCAGGAAUGAGAAAAAUUUUAGAGGAGUUGAUAGAACAUGGGAAGAGCCUCCCCUUGAUCGAAGCUCGACUCCUUUCUUUGGAGCCCUCGAACAAAGUACACUCUUUGUUCGACACAUGAGUCACUUUUGACUACACCUUCGAGGCUGACAAUUUCUUUGUUCGACUCUUGAGGAUCCUAUUGAUAUGACUAAAUUAGGAGCAUGAUGCUGAUACCAUGUUAACGGAUCUCCACAAUGGUAUGAUAUUGUUCACUUUGAGCAUAAGCUCUCAUGG